AUGAUAAGAAUUGACGAAGACUCUAAACUUAAAGGUAUUUAUAAAAUAGCUGCUUUACUUCCUUCAUUAAAAACUUCCCCUAUUGUCAUUAAACAACAAACUCUUCCAUAUACUUCAAUCCCUUCAAUAGAAAAAAAUUCUGAAUUAUCUUCUUUACAAGACCUUCCCAAUGAUAUUUUUUAUAAUCCAAAUUCAACAACCCAAAAGACAUCUGAAGAUUUUACUAUUUUUCAAGACAUUAAUCAAGAAAAUGAUAUUGAUGAAAAUCGUGUUGAAGCAAUUAAAGAAAUGUUAACAAAAGAAUUUGGACGAGCUAUAAUUGAACAAAAUUUUGAAAAAAAUCAUCUUGUUGGUGUUCAAUCAGUUUUAGAAUUUGCUAAACGUAAACAAUCAAAUUUAUUAGAUUUACCUACUGCUUCUCUCAAAUCUAAAACAUUUUUGAGAAUUGUAGAUGAAAGUUUAUAUACAGAAUUAAUGCAACAAUCAGAUAUAUUAUUAAAUUCAUUAUCAACUGUUGAUUCUCUUGAAACUCAAUAUAGAAAUAUUGCAAAUCAAUUAACAGAAAUUACUACUUAUUUCUAUCAAAUUAAAAACACUUUAGAUUCUUAUUUUUCAAAAUCAUCUCUUUCAUUCUUACGAUACAGAAAUUUAUGUAGUGUUCAACAUCUUUUAGAUCAAAUUCAUUCAUGUUCAAAUUUACUUGAAGAUGCAAAUAGUACAAUUGAAAUUGAUCCAAUUCAAUCCAUUGAUAUGAUUGAUCGUGCAUUAAAUGGACUAAACAAAUUAUCUACUAUCCAAUGUUCUCAACAACUCAUUAUUAAAGCAAAUGGAAUAAAGAAAACUAUUACAGAUAAAAUUAUAGAGAAAAAGAAAGAUAUUUAUGAAAUAUUAAGUAAAAUAAAUUAUCAACCAUCAACAAUAUAUGAAUUUAAUGAACAAAGUUGGAUGAAUGAAUUUGAUCAAGAACGAAAAAUAUUUACAGAUAUUAUAGUUGGUUUUGAAAAAAUUGGUAAAUUAGAUUUUCUUAUUGAAAAUGUAAAGAAUAUGAUUUAUCGUGCAUUUAUUAAUCUUCCAUAUAAAACAUUUCCAAACUAUCAAUCAAAUCUAUUUGAUGAAGGGAAUGGAAAUUUAAAAGAAUAUAAAUUUUAUGUUGACAAAUUGAAAGAACUUUCGUUUAAUGAAUUUGAAAUAUAUGUCAAGAAUGUAAUGAAUAAAAUUACUAGACUUGGGUGUUUAGUAGUAAUUUUUCAAAUGUCUAUUCAUCUUGAAUUAGAACAAAGUCAAUCUCCUCAAAAAAAUUUAAUUGAUAAAGUAGAUAAAAUGAUAAGUGUAGUUCGAAAUUCAAUCAGAAAAACAACUAAAAUAAUCAUAGAAGAAGGAAAUUAUGAAAGAGUUUCUUUAGAAGAAAUUGUUAUAUUUGGUAAUAUGGUAAAAGAUUUUUUACAUUCACUUCAUGUAGUUCAUAAAAAGAAAUUUAAUUCUCUUGAAAAUAUUCAUCAAAUCUAUUUAAAUGGAUUCUUUAACAAUCUUCAUAAAAACAAUAUAAAUAAACUUCAAAAAAUCAUUGAUUUUGAUGAUUUAAGUACCAUUGAAGUGGAAGAUGAAAUUUUUAGAAUUAUUAAUACUAUUGUAACACAGAUCAUUAUUCCACCAUUAACUUGUUCUCUUGGAGAAAAAAAUGAACAAGGCAAAACAAAAAUUAUUGUUAUUAAUAAUGAAACUUAUUUUAUGACAAACACAAUGAGUAUUUUAUUACCAACAUUAGAGAGAUAUCGAGAAAUUAUUACUAAGUUUCCUUUAUUAGGAGAAUCUGCUUUAAGUAGUGCAAAAGAUAUGUUAAUACUGUACAAUGAUUCUAUGAGAAGAUUAGUCCUAGGAAAGGAACUCAUUCAAAAGGGAGUUGUUCAACGCAUUGGAGCAACAAUGUUUACAACAACCCACCAAACAUUAUUAUUACUUUCAUUAAUAACACCUUAUCUUCAUCAUUAUCUUUCACCAAAUGUUAUCAUUUCUGGAAGAAUUUUGGAUGGAAUUGAAGAUUUAAUGAAAGCACAAUGUACCGACAUAAGAAAUGCAGUAACUAUUAUUGUCAAAAAUAGAGUUGCUUAUUAUCUUCAAGUUCUAGAACAAAGUAAAUCAUCAACACAAAAUGUUUCUGCUACUCCACAAAAAUUUACUAUUUUCGGUAGAAAUAAACAACCUAAUACUCCAGUGACUAGUCCAUCCCAAUUCAAUGCUCUUGAUCUAAAGAAUUUACUUAAUAAAAUUAUGGGAGAGAUCGUUGCUUUAAACGCAUUACUAAAAAAAAAUCUCAGAAGCAUUGAUUAUAAAUAUUGUAUGUUUGAAGAGUCAAGACAUCUUAACUCACUAAGAGAGGAGUUUGACAAACGGUCCACAGAAGAAAAUUUGAAAAACCAAGUCAGUAACGAUCUUCACCAAAUUUCUGUUGCUAUUCAUGAAGGUCUAAAGAACAACACUACAAUCAAUUUUGAUAGAACAGAAACACCACUUAUUAUGAACGAAGAAAAAUACAGCACAGAUAGUGAUGGUGAUUUGGAAAUAUUCAGAAAAAGUUUAGAUCUUUCUAGAGAGCCAAACCAACAAGAAGUUCCUUUAACUACUCAAAGUUUUGAUAUUACUAGAACACAAUCUACAACGAUUGUUAAAUCUCCUCAGAGUGUUGAUAAUUGA